CAGCGUGUUCACGCACUCCUCAUCGAAAACACAGAGCUCGAUCGAAUCAUGUAAAUGUCCGUCAUUGUAGCGCCUUCGCUGGGAUAUAGAAGAAACCCAAACUGUCAAAACGGAACCUAACGCAUCAUUGCGCUUAUUGGAUUCGCUAGACUAUCGUUUUUCCUUCGCUCGACUUCCAAAGAUGCUGGCUGUGCUGCUGCUGCUGUGUUCUGCUGUGGUUCUGGGCUCGUCCCAGGACUAUCAGGAACUGUUGUAUGGCGAAGGAUUCAGGAUUGAGCUUCAGAUGCGGGCUCGUUCACUGACAAUCCGGACCGACCCCUAUGGCGUCAAGGUCCUGUGGGUGUCAGAAAAACCGAGGGAUACUGUAGACCCCAGACACUCAGUGGAAGCAAACUACUUUGUAAUGAAUCAAAUGACACAGAGGGACAACGGCCGAUAUGAUUUGUUGGACAAAUAUAACAAUAGGCUGUUUUCAGUCAACAUCAGAGUUGUAGCCCAUGGGAAAACCUACAAUUUGGAUCCGGGUGAUUCUGUAAAGUUCCAAUAUGACCUUCCGUUCACCUCUUGCAACGUCUUCUUCACCCCAGAAGACUAUCGGGUAGAAGGUGCAGAACUUGUCCGUCGGGGCAGAGUGCAGUAUCGCAGGAACUGCGGGGCAUUUUCUAUCAGUCGCCCCUGCAAGUUCAAUAUUGAAAGUGUUGAUACGUCAUGCAGUGGGACCUACGAGAUAAAAGACGACAAGGAGAACACUGCCUUACAAGUGACACUCACUGUGAAGGACAGCAGCGAGCCUGACAUUCCAGCUUACGGUUGGGUCGGCAUCUCGGCAGCCAUCUCCUCAACUCUGUGCUACUGCCUGAAGUGCUGCUGUUGCAGCAAGAGUGGCUCGAAGAAGGACAGCUCCGAGGCAGCUGAGGAUGCUGCCGUGGAUGCUGAUCCCACUCAAAUGCAGUAUGAGAGUGAGCCUGUCCGACUGAGUCCCAGAGAAACCGUGGAGGAGUUACCUUACCCUGCUGAGCCCCCUCCGGCGCCCUCCGCCCCGCUGAUACACAACUCUAAUGUCAGCCAGCCUCCGUCCUAUGAGGAGGCGUUGACCUUAACAGAGGAGACAGGCGGAUCGCCUCAUCUGCUCACUUCGUCGGCGGAGCCACGGUUUGAGUUAACGGGCAUGAAAUUCUCGUCCACUCCUCCACUCAGUUCGGAGGUGACCAGCAGUGACGUUUACACCUCGGACAAACUGAACUUUCUCUGAGAACCAUCAGAUUUUUAGACCGUCUUUCUGGGGCUUUUCACACUACGGGUUCUGUCUCGGGUGAGUCUGAGUUCGAUUCGCCCCCUGCUGUGCAGCCUCACAUCUCUACGCCGCAGGCCAUGUCCUUUUUUUUUUCUUUUUCUCGAAUGGCGGCGCUCUGCGCAAAGUAGCUGGUUUGUGACCCACAAUGAAGCAGGUCUCAAGGAAGUUGUCAUCAGCCGUGCGACAAACUGUUUACCACCACCGGCUUGACCACCUUAUUUCUGUCUCAGUUGUUAACAUUAUGAGUCGUCCUCACCUCACAUAGGAACUGAUGGCAGUGCUCCUGAACGCCAGAAUGUGGCGUUCACAGCCAAAACUAAACAUGGAAGAGUCUUGUCAUGUUUGUUUUACAAGGAAAUAGCAGAUACAAGCUGCGUAAUACGGAGUGUCAUGAUUGAUCCACACUGCUGUCACAACAUGUUGAACACAGUGAGAGAGAUUACAGACGAUCGAGAAGGUUUUAAUCAGUGAAGUUCAGAUCCCGAUGUCAGAAAUUAUCAACGAAUACUCUGGUGAUCUUCAGUAACUUUGGGAAAACCAGAAUCUUUCCUCUUUGCUGUGAAAAUGGUUAUUGUAGAGUGCAGCAUUACUCAUUUAAGCAAAUCUGUCAGUCAAUAAAAUCAGGUGUUUAUCAGCCUAAUAAAGGCAAAAACAUGUGAGUUAUCAAACAUCCGCACUCAUUGCGAGUCCCGGACCGCUGCCCUGCCCCGCGCUGCGGUCCGGAGCGCAAUUUUCCUGCAGCUCCCAGCUGCACACCUCUGUGUUCUGGGAGUUUGAGAAGUUGUUUUUGAACGAUGUUGUGUGCCCAUACAGCGAUCAGACCCUUUACUACCCGGCAUUUAUCAUGUUUGUGUGGCGUCGCGCUGGACACGUUUCCGGCGUCUAGCGCCGAGUCCCCUGAGGCGAGAAGCUCACCACCAGCUGAGAGUUUCCCGAGACAAAGUGCAGGUCUCCAGCAGGGAUCAGGUCCGCGGCCAAAACCCGACGAAAGAGCUUUGUCUCAAGACAGAACCCGUAGUGUGAAAGCACCCUUAAAGGGUUUGGACCGGCUGGAAAUUCACACUUUACUUAAGUGACCUUUUUGACGCAAACAUUGUGGCCUUCUUAUUGCUGACAUAUUACAACACUGUGGUCCAUAAAUCCUGUAUCUCAACAGGCCAAAACGCAUGGUAUUUUGUUGCUGAAUCAGUGUGUAAUCUCAAUUCAAAAGCCACAUUUGUCUUUGUUGUAGUUGUCAAGAAGACCAGUCUCGGUCUCGAUUUAGAACUGUGUGCUCAUGUGCUGAAAUCUUUUUACGCCAUAGAUUAGAGCUCUGAGUGUGAGUGACAAGCUAGUUCGAAAUAUAACAUCAAUGUCGUCAAUAACCAACUCCAUUUCCUUGGCGUGCGUAUGUGGUUUUCUUUUAACAUACGGGUGCUCACAUCAUGAAAGAAGAUAUUUCAGAUUUAAACUUUACAGGACUGGAGUCAUGGUGCCUUGCCUCUGGUUAGGUGGUUUCUAGUAUGUCACUAACGUUUAUGGCAGUAACUGUUUACCACAGUGAACUCUGGUGCUGUGUUCGCAGAAUACAGUCACAUACCUUCAGAUCUCUGUCACUUGUGCCUCCAUACACAAUCCAAAUAACUUUAUGAAUUGUUCCAAAGUGUGUCUACUACCUCAGUCAGGCAUGUUUGCAUCCAAAUUGUUGCGGUUCCUGUGGACAGCAGGAUCAUAAAGCAGCAUCAGGGAAAAGGAAUGUUAGCGCAGCAAAGGGCCACCAGGGUUGCCGUUGCCAUGAAUGAAAUGGAAACAAAUCCCACUGUGUGGAGAGCAUGUGAUAAUUGUGCAUUACGAUAUAUUUAUGAUCUUCGCUUUCAGACAGUGUGUCUUCCAUUGAACACAGACAUAUAUGUGGGAUUCAGUGAUUCCAUCAGAAUCAAAUUGAGUCACACACAGCUUCUGUUUGGGUGCUCACAUCAGUUCGACUCACGAAUGGUAUGCGACCUAUUUCCUGUCGAUUGAAGGACCACUUCCUGUGUUCAAUGAUUCUUUGGAAAUUGUUCUGACUGAGGAAAUCUACGUCAGAACAACAUAGGGUUUGUACCUGCCAGGUUGAUGUUUAGAUUCGAGCUGCACGUCUCUGUUCCUGACCAAGUCAUCUCAGGUCAUUGGUACAUUUAGAAUUUGAGUUGCGAUCAUUGUUUCGCACUUAUUUCCAUUUCCCUGGACCUGUCUGUCUCCUGCCGCAUGUAGACAGACAACCUCUCACGCAUGGACCAUUAAGAGUCACCAGUUAACCGCUGCCAAGGAGCUUAUCUUGAACUUGAAACCAUAUAGUCAAUUCCUUUUCUCUUGUUUUUAAAUGCGUGUAAUAAGGUUGUAGCGCAUGACAACAAAUAUAGAGUAGUAUAAUGUUUGCGUUAGACAUAUCACAUAGCUGCCAAAAUGCCAUCAUUGCUUCAGUGCAACUAAUGCACAUUUCGAUGUGGUGCUAGUCAUAAACAGUUUAAUGGCUGAAGUGGAGGGGGACCUGCUGGAUUUGCUGCGUGUAUUGUGAAUGCAAAGAUGUGAGCUUCAUCGGCGCAUGAGAAGGUAACCUCCAUUAAUUGUAUUAAAGUAACAAAACUGCAUGAUUCGACUAAUCCCUGAGGUUGUUCGUAGAAAAAGGUGAUGUGGUGUCGGUGCCUUGUAAGUGUGAAGUUGUAGCUGAAGUAUCAUGCGACGACUAUGUAGCUGCCUUAAACAGUAUUGGUUUAGUUGAACAAUUGUAGUUGUGUCUGCUUUGCUGCUGAACAUUUCUAACUGUCACACUUGUUGUCUAGUGUUAGUGUGGGUUACCUGCUUUAUUAUUAGCAACAGCAUCACUAACAUCAGGUGUUUGUCCAGUCGAUAAAAAAAUACAUCUCAUCACCAAAACUGCUGUGUGCCGCCUGGACUGCUCUCUGCGCUGGAAUUCCAAUAAAUGAUUUUAUUCAAUUGUGUGUGUGGUUCUUAAUUGGUUGGGAUUAGAAUUCAAAUUUAGGGUUGGGCUCCGUAGGUUUUUAACGCUCUCUUUGGAGUUAGGUUAGGGUUAGGUCUAGCAGGUGAAGGGUUCGGGUUAAAUCAUAGAAGCUGGACACGUAGUUCGGCAAGAGCAUGGGCCAAGCUGGAAUGCACCAGGUCCCCAGCCAAACCCAGAAGAGUUUGUUUUGUUUUGUUUGUCUCUUCUCUGUGUCCAUUCAGUCCUCCUAUCCUUUUCUCUGUCUUCCAAUUCCUUUCCUUUUCCUUCGUCCAUCUCCCAAUUCCAUUCCUUUAUUUCCGCUAGAGGUACCAUUUGUGGUUUCUUCUUCUCUCCCAUUUUCCUUACUUUUCCACGUAGUUUUGAGUGGAGAAGAUCGGCGACUUGGGAUACGCAGAGAGGUAAGUAUAUGGAAGGUUGUUAGGUACUAUGUAGGUGACAAAUAUCCCAAUUGUGUUAAUUUAUUUUUUGUUUCUUUUUACAGGUGGUGUUUCCAGGAGGUAAGUAUUUAAUUCACAGGUAGGUAUUUAUUUUUACAGAUGGUAAG